AUGCCUUUAAGUGAGAAAUAUGUGCUGGGCGCCAGCAACCGGGGGCCAUUUCUUACUCCAAGCGACGGGGGUCAGGGGCUUGAGAAAUUGGAUUCAGCAGGAGGCCGUUCACUGACUAGAACACCUACACGCACCGAGAGGCUUCGUCGCCAUUGGAAACGAUUCUGGCUCUUUUAUUGUAUCGCCAAUGUCAUUUUCCUCGCAAUCUUUUUACCAAUUUUCUUCCUCGUUGUUAUCCCUGCGAUCGCGCAAUUAGUUGUCAACAAGUCCGAUCUCGUGCUCAUCAAUGCGGUGGUGAAUCAGCCGAAGCCAGACUCGGUGAUGCUAACUCUGGAAACAAAAGUCGACUUACAUCUUGCCAUUCCGGCUCGAAUUGAGAAUCUUACCUUGGACCUGUUUGAGCGCGCAUAUGGUGUCAAGGAUGCCUACGCCACGAUCACCAUUCCCGGCCAGACCAUCAAAGGCAAUCACACCAUGGGUGUGUCGAAUCAGCUCACACCAUUACAAAACAUGACGGCUUGGGAGGAAUUUGUCCAUCAAGUGGUCUUCCAAGAGCAAACGUCUCUAGCAGUGUCGGGUCAGACAAACGCUUUCCUGGGCGUUCUGAAAUCCCACGUUCAUUUGAACAAAAAUAUUGUGACACCUUCGUUGAACCAGUUUAACGGAUUCGCUAUUGCCGACGCCACCCUCGUCCUCCCUGCCGAAUCUGACGGAACAAACCUCAUCGGCAACGCGACUCUCCCCAAUCCCUCGGUGAUCAGCCUCGAAGUCGGCACUCUCAUCUUGGACGUCAAAGCUGGAGACCUAGUUAUUGGAAAUGCAACACUGACCGAUGUGACCCUCGUACCAGGAGAGAACACCUUCCCCCUACGAGGAGUUCUCGAUCUCAAAACAGUGAUCAAGAAUCUAGCUGCCGUGCUCAAGGCAGAAGCCUCGGCGAUUAAAGCUGGAAACCUCAGUAUCAAUGCUGUGGCCAAAUCGGUCGUCUGGAACGGUACUCUGGUUCCGUACUAUACGGACAUUCUCAAAGAACUUACCCUUACAUCCUCUAUCGGGCUGGGUGGUAUCCUGAAGAAUACUAUCAACUACCUAAAGUCCGAAGGAAAUCUUACAGACGUCCUGAAAAAUAUUACUGGUGAUCUUAACUUGACCUCCCUCGAAUCUCGGUCGGUUGAAGUGAAUCAGCGGCGCCCUGUGGAUCUCUCUGGGUUUAUGAGGGAGAAUCUACAUGUCAGAGAUAUGUUUAAGGAUGUUGAUCCGGACGAACGAGAUUUCAUUCUCGACUCGUUAGGGUCUGCUUUCCCCGAUAUUUGA